GAGUCGUUAGAAAAUACUUCCUAACAGAGUAGGCUGGUCUAUCUCGGAGUAUUGAGAAUAGAAAACCCAGUCUUGUAAUUCGUGAAUGUAACCCAUCAAGUCUUCGCGAACCAAUACCAUAGCAGUGAUGGCGACCAGAGAUAUGUACCUAACCCCUAGGCAGGUUAGGUACUACUAGUAGUACGUAUGCCAUUUUGGGGGGCUGUGGAGGAACUGGGCUCUUAAUUGGGAGCAUUCGACAUUUCAGCCCUAAAUCAAUCAAUCAAUUAUGUAAACACCCAUGUGUAUGAGUAGGUACCUAACCUUUUUUUGCGAAAUGAAGAUUCGAUAUUAAUAAAUAUACCUUAGGCGCAUCACACCCUUUACACAGCGGUAUACAUGGCGAUUCGCGAAGGCAAUCCCCUUGGGCCCAUCGUCAGCACCAACUUGGCCCAGCGUCCAUCUCAGAACGUCAGAUUAGUAGGGCAAUACGUCACGAUAGUCAAGCUCUCGGCUCGACACGCAGAUGCCUUCUACCCACAAAUAUCGGGACCGGAAAACGCUCAUCUAUGGGACUACAUGUUUGAUGGGCCAUACGAUGACCCUGAAGUGUUCCGUGCCAGGCUCGGGGCCAACGAGAUCAGCCACGACCCGGUGUUCUACGCCAUCGUGCUGAACGGCAAUGACGACGACAUUGUCGGCAUCGCCAGCUACCUACGGAUCGAGCCUACGCACCGGAGCAUCGAGGUCGGCAACCUCAUGUACUCGGCACAGCUGCAGCGCACCCCCGGUGCCACCGAGGCCAUGUACCUGAUGGCGCGGUACGCCUUCGAGGACCUGGGCUACAGGCGAUACGAGUGGAAGUGCAAUGCGCUCAAUGCGCCGAGCAGGAGAGCGGCUCUGCGGCUCGGUUUCACGUUCGAGGGGAUUUUCAGAAAGCAUUUGGUCGUCAAGGGCCGCAACAGAGACACUUCUUGGUACUCGAUGGUGGACGAGGAAUGGCCUGCCAUCAAGCGAGCGCUGGAGGCUUGGUUAGAUCCUACUAAUUUUAACGGCGAGGGCAGACAGCAGAAAAGGUUGGAAGAGUUUAGAUAGACUUAGAUAUCCUAGAAAUAAACAAGAACUAUUUUAUGUCCGUUUGAAAUAUAAAGAACUGGGAGGUUUGAUAGAGAUUGCAAGGAAAAGAACAGAAAUAAAUCAUGUUAAUUGAUACAUAGUACAUACAUAACCUUGAUUGUAACGGCUUUAAAGUGAUGUGGGGCUGGCAAUUCACAGGCUUGCACCUGGCAACUUAUUUAUCUUAAACUUGACGCCCCGGUCCCCUGCAUAAGUGAUCGCCAGCCCCCUGGUCAUGGCCGCCAAUCUUCUGCA